CUGCUUUUAUUGCCAGGUACAGUAUGUUUUUCUGGAACUUCAUUUAAUAUAUAUUUGUGACUGAUAAGGCAACGAGUUGCCUCUCGGGAUGCAAGUAAUCGAGAUAAAGAGGCAAAAAUUAACUGUCUGCAUGCUUCAGAUUUUCUUUCCUCACUUAGACGUGGAGUGAGAUGUCAAAGUUUAAAGAUAUUUAUUUCAAGCCAUGUCAUUUAAGAGAGUGCAAUCAAUGUCGCAGGAAGAUUAAAUGAUUAAAGAGCAUCACAAAGUUGUUAGAGGUAGUUCAUUGUCUAAUUUAAUAUUCAGCAAGAAUGGUUUCAUGCAAUACACUUAAACAUCUUUAUUUUACAAAAAACUGCACACCAAGAACUGCAUUUUAUCACGUGAUCUUACAUCUGAGUGUCGCUAAUGUCCUUUGCCAUGCAAAAUGUUUCCAUGUUGAGAGUAGCAGUUAAAGUCAAGCAAAAGAGUGUUGACUUCUGAUUUUGGUUCUAUGAGUGUAUGUUGAGACUUCAUCUGUACAAACAGAUUUAACACUUUUUAGUGAUCGCUCAUGAAGUUAACGUUUUCAUUUCGGGCUAAAACUCAGAUGUUCUGAAAGAGAAUUAGUGAGCAGUACAUAUUCGCCCCAGGGAGUGUUCAUAACAACAGCACAGACAGCACUAAUGACAGAUAAUGGAUCCCAUUACAGUUCUCUUGCAUAGCCAAUGACAAACCCUACAUCUUUGAAUUUCAUAUUGAUGUCUAGAGUGUGACAUCUUAGUUAUGGGAUCUCAAAGAUGAGUAAGACAGUGUAUGAUCAAUUUUUUAUUAAAUGAAAUGAGAGAGAAAAGGAUCAUUUGUUGAUGAACUAAUUUUCUACCAUUUAGGGAAUAGUUAACCCAAAAACCAAAAUUUUGUCAUCAUUGACUCACUCUCAUGGUUUCUGAAUCAAAAUGUGAUUUUGAUUUUCAGUGAAUUAUGUCUUAAAUUUCAGGCUGUUCCUCGCAUAAAGCUAUCAUAUAGCUUUGUAACACUUGUAAUAUAGUGCAUGAGUCGUAUGGACUAUAUUUAUGGUGCCUUUAUUUGCCUGUUUUGGAGCUUGACAAUAUUCCCCAUCCACUUUCAUUGAAUGGAAGAGAGCAGUGUGAAUAUUAUGGUGGAGCGUAAAGUAUGACAGAAUAUAAAUUUUUUGGGUCAUCUAUUCCUUAAAUUAAACAGCACCACUUGGUAAUAAAAAUGAGAGGGGCUCUCUGAACUGUUGAGUCAUAAAGCUCUUUUGGGAUCUCAUUUGCUCAUGUACUUUGACUUUUUUCAGAUCUGCUCCUCAGCUGAUUUCAUUUUGACUCAUCGCUAUUAACAGAUUUUGCAUAUGUGUGUAAAGAAAAUGCAACCAAAUGCUAACGCAGAUCUAAACAUCCAGCUGCAUCUGUCUGUUCAUUAAACAGGGGUCUAUGACUACUCAACACUUGCAUGUUAUUCUUACCUCUAAUACGCAGGUCUGGUUCUAUGAUGAGGGGAAGUUUUAGGGAGGCUGUUCUUUUCUUUGUCCUCCUAAAAAAUGUUCAACUUUCCUGUUUCUCACAUGACUGCAUUUCCUUCUAUUAGAGCACACUUAAAGAGGAACUGCCCCCCCCCCCAGCUCCUACAUGCUUUUUUCUGUCUCUCACUCUCUCUUAGACCCACACACAUAUUCUCAAGCUUGUUCUAUCAGUUCAGUUAUCAGUGGGCAGCUUGUUUCAGCGUGGAUGCUCUCUUGAAUACUCCCUGGGUGGCAGAUACUUGUCUCUGUUCAGUAGCCACAUUGAUCUUCUCUGGACUGGCUUCAUCUCAGCAAAGUGAUCUUCAGAAUGGAAGCAGUAGCUCUUUACAACUUUUGUGCCACAGAAAGCGAUGAGCUUAGCUUUCAGAAGGGAGAUGUACUUAAGAUCACUAAUAUGGAAGAUGAUCCUAACUGGUACACAGCGGAGUUGAUAAACAGGAAGGGCUUCGUGCCUAAAAACUAUAUCAGUGUAAGGCCACACACAUGGUUUGCAGGCCGUAUCUCCAGACAUGUGGCCGAGGGUCGGCUACGCCAGCAGGAGUGUGGAAGCUUCUUAGUUAGAGAAAGUGAGAGUGCACCAGGGGAAUUCUCCAUGUCAGUAAGCUACGGUGAUCACGUACAGCAUUUUAAGGUGUUAAAGGACAGAGAUGGCUAUUACUUUGUUUGGGAGGAGGUCUUUCCUUCCUUAAAUCAGCUUGUGGAGUUUUACAAGACCAACAGCAUUGCAAAGGAAAGGACUGUGUUUCUCAGGGAUACAGAACACACACUAAGGAGGCCCCAUCAUGCCCAUGCCCUGUUUGACUUCAAUCCACAGCACAACUCCCAGCUGCACUUCCUGCGGGGUGAUAUCAUAGACCUGCUGGAGUGCUCUGAUUCUCAACGCUGGAAAGGUCGAUGCCGUGGACGUGUGGGCUUUUUCCCUCCUGAAUAUGUGCAGCCUAUCUAUCACUGACACCCAAUGAGUAUACAUAACAACACUGCGUGUACAUAAAGGACUUUGGAACAAGCAAACUGACCGAAACUGAUUUAUUCAGUCACAGUUUUUAAAAAAUAUUUGUGCAGUUGACACUAAGUUAAGAUGACACUUUUCAGUAAUUUAACUGUAGAUUAAAUGCCCCAAACUCUGUAGAAAAGAAUGCACCUCUAUAUACAAUAAUAAUCACCACAUAUACUGUAUAGUUCAGUAGAUUAUAAAUGCAAACAGAGAUUCUGAAUGCAUUUCUUCAAAACAUAAUUAUUCCUUGCACUUUGCUUGAAAAUCUAUUCUUUCAUUCCUAAAUAUUGCAAAUGUUUUUCUGUAUAUAUUGUUCAUUAUUAUUUUUUUUUUGUCUUACUCUCUUUUAAUGAUGUAUGAUGAUGUAAAUGUUACUAUUGUGAUGACAAAAUGAAUAUAAACGUGUUUAAUAUCAAGCAGAUAUGUUGAAUUUAGAAUCUUUUUAGGGCCCAGUUUAGAAGAGGGCUUUCAGGAAGUAUUCACCUUCCAUUAUUUGACAUUCUGAUGUGUGGCAAAGUCAAAUUAAGGUAUAAUUACAUUUAAUUUUUCUCUUCUGUACAAGUAAUUUUCUAUAAUUAAAUUAAAAUCUACAUCU